AUGGAAGUCUCUUCGGGGAAGGGGGUUGUUAUGCUUUGUGUACGGUUUAUGUACAGUGACUUCAAAGUAUUCACAGCCCUUUUGUUGUGUUACUGCCUGAAUUUAAAAUUGAUUAAAUAUAGAUUUUUUGGUCACUGGUCUACACACAAUAAUACCCCAUAAUGUCAAAGUGGAAUUAUGUUUUUCAACAUUAUUACAAACGUAUUAAAAAUGAAAAGCUGAAAUGGCUUGAGUCAAUACCUAUUCAACCCCAUUGUUAUGGCAAGCCUAAAUAAGUUCAGGAGUAAAACAUUUGCUAAACAAUUGCAUGGACUCACUUUUUGUGCAAUAAUAGUGUUUCAUAUGAUUUUUGAAUGACUACCUCAUCUCUGUACCCCACAUACAAUUAUCUGUAAGGUCCCUCAGUCGAGCAGUCAAUUUCAAAGACAGAUUCAACCACAAAGACCAGGGAGGUUUUCCAAUGCCUCGCAAAGUAGGGCACCUAUUGGUAAAUUGGUAAACAUUUAAUAAAGCAGACAUUGAAUAUCCCUUUGAGCAUGGUGAAGUUAUUAAUUGCACUUUGGAUGGUGUAUCAAUACACCCAGUCACUACAAAGAUACAGGCGUCCUUCCUAACUCAGUUGCCGGAGAGGAAGGAAAACGCUCACGGUUUUCACCAUGAGGCAAAUGGUGACUUUAAAACAGUUACAUAUAUUAAUGGCUGUGCUAGGAGAAAACUGAGGAUGGAUCAACAACAUUGUAGUUACUCCACAAUACUAACCUAAAUGACAGAGUGAAAAGAAAGAAGCCUGUACAGAAUAAGAAUAUUCCAAAACAUGCAUCCUGUUUGCAAUAAGGCACUACAGUAAAACUGAAACUAAUUUGGCAAAUAAAUUAACUUUGUCCUGAAUACAAAGCGUUAUGUUUGGGGCGAAUCCAAAACAACACAUAACUGAGUACAACUCUUCAUAUUUUCAAGCAUGGUGGUGGCUGCAUCAGGAUGGAUCAACAACAUUGUAGUUACUCCACAAUACUAACCUAAUUGACAGAGUGAAAAGAAAGAAGCCUGUACAGAAUAAAAAAUAUUCCAAAACAUGCAUCCUGUUUGCAACAAGGCACUAAAGUAAUACUGCAAAAGAUGUGGCAAAGCAAUUAACACUUAGUAUUCAGGACAAAAAGUUAUGUUUGGGGCAAAUCCAAUACAACACAUUACUGAGUACCACUUUCCAUAUUUUCAUGCAUAGUGGUGGCUGCAUCAUGUUAUGGGUAUGCUUGUAAUCGUUAGGGACUGGAGUUUUUCAAGAUAAAAAAGAAACGGAAUUGAGCUAAGCACAGGCAAAAUCCUAGAGGAAAACCUGGUUCAGUCUGCUUUCCACCAGACACAUAGGGAGAUGAAUUCACCUUUCAGCAGCACAAUAUCCUAAAACACAAGGCCAAAUCUACACCGGAGUUGCUUACCAAGAAGACAGUGAAUGUUCCUGAGUUGCCUAGUUACAGUUUUGACUUAAAUCUGCUUGAUAAUUGAUGGCAAGACUUGAAAAUGGUUGUCUAGCAAUGAUCAACAACGAACUUGACAGAGCUUAAAGAAUUUUGAAAAUAAUUAAUGGGCAAAUAUUGCACAAUCCAGGUGUGCAAAGCUCUUAGAGACUUACCCAGAAAGACUCACAGCUGUAAUCACUGCCAAAGGUGAUUCUAACAUGUAUUGACUCAGGGGUGUGAAUACUUUUGUAAAUUAGAUUUCUGUAUUUCAUUUUCAAUAUUUCAUUUUCAAAACCGUUGCUAGAAAAUAUCUAAAACCAUGUUUUCACUUUGUCAUUAUGGGGUAUUGUUUGUAGAUGGGAGAUAAUUAUUUUUGUAUACAUUUUUUAAUCAGGCUGUAACACAACAAAAUGUGAAAUAAGUAAAGGGGUAUGAAUACUUUCUGAAGGCACUGUAUGUUCAAGUGACUGUGUGUCUCAGGGAGGAGCUGCAGUCGAUCCAGAGGGAGCUGGAGGUGUUGUCAGAGCAGUACUCUCAGAAGUGUCUGGAGAACGCCCACCUGGCCCAGGCCCUAGAAGCUGAGAGACAGGCCCUCAGACAGUGUCAGAGGGAGAACCAGGAGCUCAACGCACACAACCAGGUACACACACAACACGGUACACACACAACCAGGUACACACACAACACGGUUUCCAUUAGCAGGCCAAAAAUGACUGGGAGAAAAAACUAAAAUCCCAUAGAAAAAUAAUGCUUUUUAUUCAUUGAUGAAAAUACGAGUCGAUACACUGAACAAAAAUAUAAACGCAACAUGCAACAAUUUCAAAAAAUAUUACUGAGUUACAGUUCAUAUAAGGAAAUCAGUCAUUUGAAAUAAAUUAAUUAGACCCUAAUCAUAAUAAAGGUUCUAUUAACAGGAGUGAAUCUUUUUUAUUUAUUUACUUUUUGUCCCCAAUUUUGUGGUAUCCAAUUGGUAGUUACAGUCCUGUCCCAUCGCUGCAACUCCCGUACGGACAUUGGAGAGGCGAAGGUCGAGAGCCUCUGAAGCACAACCCAACCGAGCCGCACUGCUUCUUGACACAGUGCCCGCUUAACCCGGAAGCCAGCCGCACCAAUGUGUCGGAGAAAACACCGGACACCUGGCGACCGACCCGCCACAGGAGUCGCUAGUACGCGAUGGGACAAGAACAUCCCUGCCGGCCAAACCCUCCACUACCCUGGACGACGCUGGGCCAAUUGUGCGUCGCCCCAUGGGUCUCCCGGUCGCGGCGACAGAGCCUGGACUCGAACCAGGAUCUCUAGUGGCACAGCUAAUCUAAUUUAAUUCAUAAUCAUCAUAAAGCUCAAAUCUACAAUCAAAGUAGUAAGUAAACAAAAUCAACGCAUAAAACCACAGACCCUUUCAAACUCUUCAUUUUAGGUUGUACAAUCCAACUUGCAAAACCAUGGCUUAAGACCUUCCCUUCAUACAGUUACACACAUGCUUCAUUACACAAUUUCAUUUAUGGAUUCUGGCAAUUAUAGUUCAGCUGGAGCUUUUGUCGCGAGUGGCAUGUUAAUGACAGAUCAGUAUCUCAAUGCAUUUCUAGUCUAAAGUACUAUACAUUUCGCAGUGUGCAGACCUCCACAAUCAACCUGAUACCCCAAAUAAACAAUUUUGGAUAAACCUAAAUUAAUUACGGGCACGGUUGACCAUCCCCCUCCCUCCCGGCACCAUUCUUCUGGUGUUUCAGUUCGUCCUCCCAAUGGCUCAUGUUCAAAGUGGAUGGCCCUUGAUAAUGUCCCGAUUUCUCUCACCUGAGCUGCCACUGUCCUUUACAGUCCAUUAUGUCUUGUCCAUUUUCCUACCAGUACACCAGCAGCAUGAGAGAAGGACAGGAUCUCUCUCCAUGCUCACUUCACGUGGACUCAUGUCGCACUCCUGAGAGAAAAGGCAGUUGAUAGCUUCGACUGGAUGCUGUGUACAGGUUGCUGGCUCGGACUCAGGUUUCAGGUAGAAGUAAUGAAGGACCAUAGUGAAUGCCAUUGUCGCCAUUACUGCAGCCGGUUAGAGGUUCACACUGUUCUCGGCCAAAUUAUCCCUUCCAUGCAUCUAGAUACUAUCUGUGGUCACCUUCGCCAUAACCUGGAGAGAGGACAGACCAGAACAACAGUUUUAGUUUAGGGCAUUUCUGAUUCAGGAAAUCCAGACAAAUUAUUCACUGUAUGACAAAUUAUUACUACUAUCAAGAUUCUUAAUACAAAUGUCUAAGACAAAUGUCAGAGAAUAACAACACACAGUUGAAACCAUUUUUUCCCCCUUGUAUUGAAGCAAGACAACAAACAAACAAACAACACAACCUCAAUACACUUCUUCAUUUACAACUAGAGGUGGGGAAACUUCAAUCCAUUUGGAGUAACUGUCAACCAUUACCAACAUAUAUUUUUUCCUUUUAUUAUAAUAAUAAUAAUAAUAAUAAUAAUAAUAUGCCAUUUAGCAGACGCUUUUAUCCAAAGCGACUUACAGUCAUGCGUGCAUACAUUUUUACGUAUGGGUGGUCCCGGGGAUCGAACCCACUACCAUGGCGUUACAAGCGCCAUGCUCUACCAAUUGAGCUACAGAGGACCACACAGGCAGGCAUGUGAAGAAAAUAAUUUGCAUAUUUACCAAAGGGCCCCGGGGGACUGGUAAUUCUCCCUUUGGACACGUGACUCACAUCGUGAUUCAUGCGUCAAAAAAAAUAAAUAAAAAAUAAGUGGAUAUAUGCCAAUCUUUGUCUGAGAUUAUUUCCCAGACCCUUUAGACAGUCAUACAAUGCUUUAACCUUAUCUUUAUCAAAUGAUUCAUAAAGGGACCACUCUGAACAUUUCUCAGAAUACUUUUUACACCACUUACGUACGUCUACGUGUGGGUGUGCAAGUUGUAAAUUAUUAUUUAUAUUGUUAUAUUGUAAAUCUCUAGUAACCAUUAUACUCUUCAGACGUUACUUUAUCUCUAGUAACCAUUAUACUCUUCAGACGUUACUUUAUCUCUAGUAACCAUUAUACUCUUCAGAUGUUACUUUAUCUCUAGUAACCAUUAUACUCUUCAGACGUUACUUUAUCUCUAGUAACCUUUAUACUCUUCAGACGUUACUUUAUCUCUAGUAACCUUUAUACUCUUCAGACGUUACUUUAUCUCUAGUAACCAUUAUACUCUUCAGACGUUACUUUAUCUCUAGUAACCAUUAUACUCUUCAGAUGUUACUUUAUCUCUAGUAACCAUUAUACUCUUCAGACGUUACUUUAUCUCUAGUAACCUUUAUACUCUUCAGACGUUACUUUAUCUCUAGUAACCAUUAUACUCUUCAGACGUUACUUUAUCUCUAGUAACCAUUAUACUCUUCAGACGUUACUUUAUCUCUAGUAACCAUUAUACUCUUCAGAUGUUACUUUAUCUCUAGUAACCAUUAUACUCUUCAGACGUUACUUUAUCUCUAGUAACCUUUAUACUCUUCAGACGUUACUUUAUCUCUAGUAACCUUUAUACUCUUCAGACGUUACUUUAUCUCUAGUAACCAUUAUACUCUUCAGACGUUACUUUAUCUCUAGUAACCUUUAUACUCUUCAGACGUUACUUUAUCUCUAGUAACCAUUAUACUCUUCAGAUGUUACUUUAUCUCUAGUAACCAUUAUACUCUUCAGACGUUACUUUAUCUCUAGUAACCUUUAUACUCUUCAGACGUUCACUUCAGACGUUACUUUAUCUCUAGUAACCUUUAUACUCUUCAGACGUUACUUUAUCUCUAGUAACCAUUAUACUCUUCAGAUGUUACUUUAUCUCUAGUAACCAUUAUACUCUUCAGACGUUACUUUAUCUCUAGUAACCUUUAUACUCUUCAGAUGUUACUUUAUCUCUAGUAACCCAUUAUACUUCUAGUAACUUUAUACUAGUGUACUCUAUUAACAGCAUAUUCGGGAAUAGUACUUUCUCCUUUCAUAUCUACACAUAAUAACGUUAUACCAUUCAACUCCACUGAUGAGUCAUGUUAUCCUCUACCUUUAGAUCCGACGGGUGGUGGUGGACUUAGGUCUACAUUAUUAUCAAAUAGCCACAGUAGCCUACUUGUAACUUAAAGUGGGUACAGCCUCAGUGUUCACAGUAAACACGUGCCGGAAGUUCACAGAAUUUUCACAAUGUUCAAGUUUGCGCUCAGUGACACAUUGUUUUUGAGAGAACAUUGUUUGUAGGCCGAACCAUUCGGAUGCUACAGACAUUUUCGUGAGGAGACAGAUUUUUGGGAUGUCUCAUGGUCUGACAAACACCACUGUAGCUCGGUCACCUUCCACCGCAGUUGUGGAAGGCCGACAAAGGCGGAUGCAGAUAUCAGAUAUCUCUAGCUUAAAUUGACUGGUUUUGAUGGGGAUUAUUUGAUUAUGUUACUUAGAUUGACGCACAGGUCAAUUUUAGCAAAUAUAUUUCCAUUUACUUCCCUAUUGGACCCACCGCUAUGCCAUUUCUUUCCUGUUCUAUUGGUUUUCAUAUCAACUUUCUUUCGUUGUCCAGAAGCCAACGGCACAAUCCUAGUCAUAUUAGCAACCCAUCCUAGUUGUUGCAUCUUUAGAUUCUCCCUCUUUCUACAUUUCUAACAGAGAUUUUCAUCUCUGUCACAUAUGGAACCGCUAUCAGGUGCACUGUUUAGAAUGGUGUUUUCCCGCGAAUUGCAUUUUGGCAAUUGUUUGAAAAUUGCGUUUUAUUGGCUGCUUCAUUACAUGAGUUGUAUGUUCUAUUAAGAUGCAUUACCGUGAUUUCUGUCAUUCUGAGGACCGUGGGUGGACGCCCUAAGGGGUUAUGCACCCAAUGCAGAUGGGUCCGGUAAAUUUAAAUCUUCUCAGUCACGUUGUCUGGUGCUUAAUGGAAACCCUGACACACACACACACACACACACACACACUGUGUGAUCCUGUUGGCCUUAAAACAGUCCAGAUGCCCCAGUUGAAUAAUGUGAACUCUGACCUCUGUGUGACCGACCCAUAGGAGCUGAAUAACCGUCUGACCGUGGAGAUCACACGCAUGCGCUCCUGCUACAGCGGAGAAACGGCAAUGUCACCCUUCACCCAGGGCAAGGACCUCUAUGAACUGGAGGUACUCUACUCUUCACUCUGUCUCACACACACAUUGGCCACACUGGUAUUCUAUCUUUGAUAUGUAUCUUUAUUUACUGUACAUCUCAAUUUUAGGUCUUAUUGCGUAUCAAGGAGUCGGAAAUCCAGUAUCUCAAACAGGAAAUCCAUUCGCUGAAGGAUGAACUUCAGUCUGCAUUAAGGGUAUGGAAAAACACACAUAUUCUCAAUCUCUCUAUCUAUCAAGACCAUGUUAUUCAUUAUAAACACUGUUCUUUGAGGACUAACCUUUCGAUGUCCACCAACAAUAUAACCUGGAAUCCAAAAUAAUUCCUCAGUGUUUCACUGAACCGUAGAAAAUCAGUUUGGAUCCCAGGCUACCAAAAAUACACCAAGUUUGAAGUCAAUGGCUAAAUCAGUGUUUUUUUUUUAUCCUCUCUUUUGAACAGGAUAAGAAAUAUGCCACAGACAAGUACAAGGACAUCUACACAGAGCUCAGCAUCGUGAAGGCCAAGGCUGACUGUGACAUCACCAAGCUGACGGAGAAGCUACUGGUCGCCACGGAAGCACUGGGGGAGAGGAACGUGGAUGGGUCGGCUACCCCUGGAUAUGGUGAGUGGGAAACCAUAACCCUCUUGGACCCCUAUGCAUUUUAGAGUUACUUGCAAUGUCUAAGAAAUGCAUCAGGUUGAUGGGGAAAAACGCUAUGAAAAUGAUUCAUUCAUGUCCACAUGCCUUUUUUUCACCUAAUUUUGUUUUUGCAGAUAUCAUGAAAUCGAAAAGUAAUCCAGAUUUUCUGAAAAAGGAGCGAUCGACUCUCUCCAAGCAAAUAAGAGGUGUUAGAUCAAAGGUAAGCUAAUGUGGACAUUCCUGAUGCGGACAUUCCCCCGCGUUUUGUUGUAAAUGUUGUAAUUCAACAUAUUUGUUUAACAUUUAGAAUCGUGUGAGUGUGUGGGAGUGUGUACAUGUGAACGAGUGUAGGUGUGCACAUAGAUUACUGCUGUUAGUGUGUUUUGCGCUUACGGGUCAGUCCAUCAAUCAUUCAUGUUUUAUAUAUGGUAAGCUUGUCCUCCUGUCUUCCCACAUCAGUCCAUCACUGAACAGGUCAUCUGGGAUAGCUGACACCCCCCUUGAGGGGCGAUUCUUCCCCUUACCCCAAGAUGUAGGUAUAGCAUGUCCUUGAGUGAGCAUGUCCCACCCCAACCACCCAGCAUGUUGCGUUCUAUUACCCCUGCCUCUCCUCUCUGCCCCCUCCAUCGAUGAGGGCCCAAUAAACCUGGUGCAAUGAACUUUCACUUGAAUUAGUACAGCAGAAGGUAAGACAUGCAGGUAUUUCAGAGUGGUAAGGUCUGCCUUGCAGGAACAUGGGUUCUUCAGUGCCUAGAAUGAGUUCAAACAAUAACACAGCAACUACCCCGUCACUGUUUUGGUAAAAAGCUGAGGGAUGGGGCUGGAGAAAUGUAAGCACUUUCAAAUUCAUAGACAGGGCUAUGGAUGCAAGGACUGACCAUCCAUGAGAUCAACAUUAUAGUUUUAACCAUGUCUUGAGGCUAUAUAGUGUUUGUUUACAAUAACAUUAUUUACAAACAUUGGAUUAAUAAAAGCAUAUAAUUUGGGUUCUGAUGUGGUAAGGUAAGACAGUUGAACGAAGCUCAUGAAGCAAUUAUAAAUUAUAUUAUUCAAGAGUAAAUGGCUAUAUAUCAUUAAUUUAAUAGGACAAAAAUGGAUGUAGCAAUCGCAGAUUGGAGCAUAUCUGUGGACAUGGCUCUAGCGGUUAGAUCUUUGGGCUAAUAACCAAUAGAUCAAUAGUUCGAAUCCCAAGGUGAAAAAUCUGUCUGUACCCUUAUUGCUCCAGGGUCGCCGUUGAUAAUGACUGACCCUGGUCGUAACCCCACUCUCCGAGAGUGUCUCAGGGGGAGUUGGGAUAUGCAAAACGCACAUUUCCAAUUCACACAUGUGUAUAAUACACACUUGUACAUGUGAAAUAGGACAAAUAAGCACCCACCAAAUUAUUAUUAUUAGACAUUGCUCCCAAUACUCUCAAAUGUAUUUCUGAUCUCCUCUUCUCUCCCUCAUCACCACUGGUUUGUGAAAGAGCUGGAUAGGAUCAUCCAUAUUGAUUCACCUGUCAUGUCCUGUAAGAUCAGUGGUCAUGAUGGAAGGAAACAAGGAAAGGAACCUUACUACAGCCAGGCUAUUGGGGCACAGCAAAUAUAAUUGUGUAUGUUGUGUGGACUAGGAAUUACUAGUCACCUGCAGUAGCUGUGGAGAAUACUAGAGUAGCCCAGUAUAUGUAAUGAUCCCAGUAUAAACUGGAAUGCCAUUUUUCUUUUAAAUCCUUGAAUGUUAUCAACUUGGUGAUCCCCCUUGGUCAAACCACUGCUUGGGUGUGCAGUUUGGGCUGGAGAUGGAGGCGGUGGUUUGGAUGUGUUUGUAGUACAGUACAAAGGAGGUGUCCAUGAAAUAACUCAUGUGUUUGUACCACAAUGAGCCCAGGAAACUUCUCUCCCUUACCUGGUCAGUCAAGGAACUUACAUUAACUGUGGUGUUCUGUUGAAUAGCUUUGUCUGUGAACAUUUCUGUUUCUAUUUUGUCUGUAGAGCACAUAAACAUGUCAUAAUGGUUGUUUUUGUGUUGUGUCUGGUAUGGUUUUGUGUUGUCUUGUAUGUUUGUGUUGUGUUUUGUCUGGUGUGUUUUGUCUGACUUGCAUGACUAAUGUGUGUCAUUUAGCACCCCAAACUUCACCAACACACCUUGAGUGGUGGUAAUCGAGUCCCCAUUUUUAAAAUGUCUGUCAGAAUGUCACCAUUUGGAUGACAUGUCAGCCAAGUUGAUGUUAACUUUAAACCCUACUACCGGUUUCUUUACUGUGAUUCACCAACAUAACACCCCUAAAUAAGAUUAUAUUCUCUAACAGUGAAUCCUGGGCUCUUGCCAGGGGAAAAGUUACAUGUGUGGUUCUUUAUAUGAAUAAUGCUUAACAUGAAUAGUGUUCUGGCCUUGAAGCCAGACAAUAUAUUGGUUUAAAUUUCAUUUUCACACUAAUUUUCUUUCUCUCAGAGCCUCAAAGAGGGACUGACUGUGCAGGAGCGCAUGAAGCUGUUCGAAGCGAAAGAUUCCAGAAAGAUCUGA